CUACCUUCAUUGUCAUGCCCUCAGAGUGUACAAGAGAAGAAAUGGCUGUUCAAGUUGUAAAGAUGAAAGAUAUAUAUGAAGAGACAAUUGUUUCUCAUUUUAAAAAAGAUGGAAGAUCACAUUAUUCCCAGUGUGACAGUGUACUCACAAUAAUAGGGAUUGAUAGUUACCAGUUUGAUCUUAGAAUUGAAUCACUUGACCUGCAACAACCUGAAGAUGGUAUCUGCAUUGAUUCCUUGAAAAUUUUCAAUGGUCCACGAGUUGACAAUGCUAACAUCCUUACUCCAAUGGAAGGACUUUGUGGCAGUUCAUUGCCUUUAAAAACAUCAUUUAAAACCAGUCGUAACUAUUUGACUGUUCGUUUCAAAAUUGAAAGUUCAAGUAAUGAGAAACGUGAAGGAUUUUCUAUCAAAAUUUGGCAGCAUGAAUGGAAAAGUCCUGUCAACUCUCAACGUGGAGGAUUUAAUCCUGGUGGAUGGAAUGAUGGUGUUGCAUCUUUAUUUCAAUGGACAUGGGAUCUCCAAGUCAGUGUUCCAGGAAGUUCUUUAUCAAGACCAGGUCAAGACCUUGAGAAAAGUUAUGAAGGCAUUCAGUGUGUUGAGUGUGCUAGCUGUUCUCUUGAAGAUUUUGAUUGGGACCGAGAUGUCUACACUAUUGCUGCCAGUUGCUACAUUUGUGCCAAACAAUGGGAUAUAUCUUAUAAUACAGCCCAGAGGACAUGCUAUUCUCAAAGAUCUUAUCUCAGUCUAAUCCGCAGAAUUAAAGACCCAUCAAUUAAUCUGGAUGACCCUGUGACACCAGGAAAACUUCUAGGAUGCCAUCUUUACAGCAACCCAUAUGGAGUUAAAAUCAAUUAUUGCUUUUGUGAGGAAAAUCGUUGUAAUAGUUCCAGAAGAAAUUUACCAUUUAAUUUAUUAUUGUUGACAUUUAUUUUACUUGUACUGCAUCUGUGAAAACAUUUCAAUAUCAAACCCAUUUGAAAAAUAGACAUUGUGUAUUGUAUGCAAUGUAUAUAUUUUUCUAGAAAUUCAUUCUAUAUUAAAUAUAGUCUACAUUCUU